GUAAACGACAUUUGGUCGUGGAUCUUGAUCUCGUAAAGAGUCUAUUGUAAGUGUCACUUGACUUCGAGACCUACUUACAAGUCGUCCAACAACAACAUGUCGAAAAAGGCAGCGCUCGUUGCAGCAGCAGCGAUCGUUGCAGAAGCUAUAGAAAGUGGUAGCAAACACCGAAGCUCCAUCGGACGAGAAGACGUGAUUAUCGACGCAGGCUCAGGGUCGUCGUCUACUGGAGUGAGGUCAUAUCAAUGGGAAGAAUCAUCGAACCUAUUGCUGCGACGUGGCAGAGAAGAUGAAAGCGGUACAACUAGCAGCUCCGAUGCUACCGUGGAGGUGACCUCUUCAGGUUCUGCCCUUCAGGUCGAGCAGAGGUGGAACCAAAGGCAGAUCCAGGAGAGGUCCAGUCGUCGAAAGGCAGACCCAGCUGAAGUGUGGAUAACACAUAAGGCGAGCGUUUCUGUCACUUCGUCUAGAACAGACACAGAGAGUUGGUCACCUUUAUGCAGCAAAAGUCGAGUGGUGGCCCCUUGGGGGUGUAAAUGUUAUGAUGUUAUGGUUGUUCUAGUUCUUCUUCUUUGUUCUUUAGGGUAGUUUAUCAUUUUUAUGAAGAUCAAGAUGUCAGAUCACUGACUUGUUGUUCUUCAUCAAUUGAAUUCAUGCAGAUUAUAAUUUCACGAAAAAACCAUGAAAACCCCAAUAAAGGAAUUUUUAUGGAUUCGCAGAAGCACGACCUCCUCUGACUGAAGCAGAACUACUUCUAAUACCUUCUUACCUCAUGAUCCCAAGGACAGACCUUGCUCUAAAAUCUCGCCAAGCGUCCGUCACAAACUGCCGGUCAAGGCGCAACUGCUUUGUUAGAUGAACACACUCAUCCUGUAGCUUUCAGUGUUGUACCUAGUGGAACUGGAGCAAAUCAGACCACAGUCGAGACAGCUGCACGUGCAUGGCGAGCACGCAUCGCAACCAAUGAGACGGAUAGAAUCGUACGGGGAGACCUUCUCGUGAAUGGUGGUCUUCUUAUAGAAAGCCCGAUUAUGUCAUCGUCAACUCUUCCUGGCACAAGCAAUCAGCAGGUGUCUUAUUUUUUCUUCAUCAUGGAUAAGGUUAUGGUUAAAGAACUGAUGAAACACACGCAACAGUUACAUCAGUCUCAGUCGCACGAGAAGGAGAAGGCAUGUCCUUCAGCUUCUUGCUCUAAGCCUUACCAACAUGAACAACGACACUGA